UUUCCACAAAAGUCUCAAUCUUCUUUAUUAAUACUGAGAUCAUCUUUCUAGAUUCGUCCUUAAUCUCUCCCUCUUUCCGUCCGAUCUAUAAAACACUACUUUCUACUCUCUCUCUCUCUGAAACCAACACAAAGAUGGAUCAUGAUCUCCAGAUGUUCCCGUUACUCUCCUACGUCAUCCACCACUCCGAUCCCGCUUCCCACGCCCCACCCUCUCUCUCCAUCCAACACUCCCUCGCCAAUCGUUACCCUCUUCUCACCAACCCCCACGUCAUCUCCACACUAAUCGAAUCAAUCCCCACCACAAUCACACAGACCCUCCGCGUCUUCGCCUCUCUCGGUCCUCGCCCCGAUCCUUCCUCCGUCUCCUCCGCUCGUGCCAAGAUCGCUCAGAUCCGAGAGACGACGGACUCCUCGUCUCCCGAGGACGACGCGGCCAAGGAGGAGCAGAUCUACGCUACGGUUGUGAGGUUGGAGGAAGUUCACCAAGGGUACGAGAAGCAGCUUAGGGAUUUGGAGGAUAAGCUGAGCCAAGUUUAUGCCUCGGCGGUUGAGGAGUCCUUCAACGGUGGCGAUGAAGUGAACGAGGAGGUUCUUCAGAUUCUCAACAAGGAUGAGAGGAUUGAUCUCUCUGAUCGUCAGCUUAAGCUUCUCCCUGAAGCGUUAACCAAGAAUGUCUCUUUGGUUUCUUUGAAACUCUCUCGCAACGAUCUCAAGGUACUACCUGAUACAAUCUCAGGGCUUGGGGAGCUAGAGGAGCUUGAUGUAUCUUCAAACCUUCUCGUGUCUCUUCCCGACUCUUUCGGACUGUUACUUAACCUGAGGGUCUUAAACGUAUCCGGGAACAAGCUAACUUAUCUCCCGGAGAGCAUCACGCAGUGCAGGUCACUAGUGGAGUUAGAUGCUAGCUUCAACAACUUGGCUUCUUUACCUGCGAACAUUGGAUACGGGUUACUCAACCUCGAAAGGCUAUCAAUCCAUCUGAACAAGAUUCGUUACUUCCCUAAUUCCAUAUGCGAGAUGCGGUCUCUGAGGUAUCUUGAUGCACACAUGAACGAGAUCCACGGGCUUCCGAUAGCUAUAGGGAGACUCACUAGCCUCCAAGUCUUGAACCUGAGCGGCAACUUCAGCGACUUGACUGAACUGCCUGACACUAUCUCUGAUUUAGCUAGCCUAAAGGAGCUAGAUGUCAGCAACAACCAGAUCAGGGUCUUGCCGGACUCUUUUUUCAGGUCGGAGAAGCUGGAGAAACUGAACUUGGACCAGAACCCGUUGGAGUUCCCUCCGCAAGAGAUUGUUAACCAAGGCGCUGAAGCUGUGAGAGAGUUCAUGAGGAAGAGAUGGGAGGAGAUGAUUGAAGAAGAGCAAGUGAGGAGUUUGAUUGAAGCUGAGAAGCAACAAGGAGGAGUUACAGGUUGGCUUUCAUGGGGAAGCUCCAUUGUUAGUGAUCUGCUUACUGGUGGAGGUACUACUACUCAGGGUGGUGGAGCUAAUAAGCCUAAAGACUCGUAUAUGGAUCAACUGCUCUGAAAUUUAUGUGUUGUGUGCUUGAAGGUCUUUGAUACUCUUUUCUGGUUUUACUUUUUGACAUUGUUGUAGAAAGAGUUCAUAGUUGAAGUCAAGAGAGUAUACUGUCA